AUGGCGCGGCCCCGCGUCGUCGCCGCCGCCGCCGCCACUCUCGGCGUCGCCGGGGCCCACAACUUCAUCCUCCACGAGGCGCCCCUGUCCUGGCCCGACGCGGCCGUGGCGUGUCGCGCCGCCGGCGGCCGCCUCGCCAAGGUCGAGGACGCGGCGGAGCAGGCCGUGCUCGCGACGACCAUGGGGUCCCAGGCCGUGUGGAUCGGGGGCAGCGACGGCGCGACGGAGGGCGUCUGGGCGUGGGACGCGGAGGACGGCGGCGUGCUGCCGCCGUCCUCGGGCGCGACGCAGGCCUUUGAGAACUGGCUCACGCCCGACCGGGCCGCCGCGUUCCCCGGCUGCGGCGGCCACGCGGGCGAGUCGGAGCCGAACGACUGGGGCGCGGGCGAGGACUGCAUGGGCGCCUACGAGCACUGCGGCCUGUGGUUCGACGCGAACUGCGCGGACCCGCGGCCCUACGUCUGCGAGCACCCCGAGGCCGCCGCGCGGGCCGCGUGCCCCGAGGGCUGGCGCGGCGUCGGCGGCCGCUGCUUCGGGCUCGCGGGGUCGGGCCCGCGCGACGAGUGCGACGCGCGCUGCGCGGCCGCGCUGCCGCCGACGUGGCCCGCGGCCGCCCCCGCGUGCCCGGCCAACGAGGCGGAGUUCGCCGCGGUGUCGACCGACGGCCGCUUCGCGGCCGCGUACGAGUGCUGCAACUGGACGCCGGGCACGAAGGACACGUCGUGCUGCGCGUGGCUCGGCCUCCGCCAGGACCCGGACGCCGACGACGGCUGGUCCGGCGACGGGGCCGCCGGCUGGGACGCGGGCUGCGCGUCCGCGGACCGCUACGGCUACGACGGCUGGGCGGCGGGCGAGCCGAACCAGUUCCUCGGGCUCGAGGAGGACUGCGCGGCCUUUGGCGUCUGGGGGUCCAUGCGCUGGUACGACGCGCCCUGCGGCCAGAGCUUCCGCUGCCUCUGCGAGGUCGAGCUCGCGGGCGCCGCCGCGGGCGCCGCGGGCGCCGCGGCCGCGCCGACGGCCGCGCCGACGCCGCGGGCCGUCGAGGCGGCGCCCGACGCGUCCUGCCCGCUCGCCUUCGUCCCCGCGGCGGGCACCUGGGCCGACGCCGAGGCGACGUGCGUCUCGCUCGGCGGCCACCUCGCGACGCUUCCCGAUGCCGCGGCGUCGGCGUACGCGAGCGCCCACUUCGUGCGCGCCCGCGGCGGCUGCCGGCCCGCGUGGAUCGGCUACAACGACCGUGAGGAAGAGGGCGUCUGGGCCUGGGCCGACGGCUCCGUCGGCGGCUACGAGCGCUGGUGGCCCGGCGAGCCCGACGACUCCGCGAACGGCGCCCGGGGCGCGGACUGCGCGAGCAUGGGCGUCGACUGCGUCCACGGGUGGCGCGGCGUCGCCGACGAGUGGGUCGACAGCGGCUGCGACGCCGCCGGCGCCGACUACACGCCGCGCGGAGCGCUGUGCCAGCUCCGCCCCCUCGCGGCCGGAGACUGCGCCGGCGCGGGAGGAGCCGGCGGCGGCGUCUGCUCUGCGAACCCCUGCCCCGCGGGCGUGUGCGCGGGGACCUUCACCUGCGACGACGCGGCGCGGUUCGGCUACACGUGUGGGAUGCUCGAAGCUGCGGGCUACGGCUGCGGCGGCUGCGCGUGCGCCGCCGACGCCGCGGCCGCCGCGGCCGAGGCGGCCUGGGCGGCGCCCGACGCCGACGACGGCGAGGCCGCCGUCGUCGAGUCGCAGUGCCACGCGGCGGCGUGCGGCGAGUACGGCUCGGGCGGGGUCGACGACGACUGCUGCGCGGCGCCGGACGACGCGUUCUGCGCCGAGGGCUACGUCUACGCGGCGGGCGUCGUCGGCUGCGGCCGGGGCUUCGCGGACGGCCGCGUGAGCACGUGCUGCAUCGACCCGGCGGCGCCCGCGCCGGGCGUCGACGCGGACGCGCACUGCGUCGCCCUCGGCGGCCACCUCGCGACGGUGCCCGACGCGAACGUCGCCCGCUGGAUCGACGAGCGCUUCGCGCGGCCCGGCGGGGAAUGCGUGCCGCUCUGGAUCGGCCUCAGCGACGCGACGCGCGAGGGCGCGUGGCAGUGGGCCGACGGGUCGCCGGCGUCGUGGCAGCACUGGUGGGCGAACGAACCCGACGACGCGGGCGGGAGCGAAAAUUGCGCGAGCCUCGGCGCCGACUGCUUCUAUCACGUCGAGGGCGUCGGCGACCGCUGGACGGACAGUGGCUGCGGGCCGGGCGACUUCGAGUACCGCGCGCGCGCGUCCGUCUGCCAGCUGCGGCCGCUGGUCGACGGCGACUGCGUGCCGGAGGCGGUCGCCGACGCCGAGGCGGCCGCGCCCGAGGCCGCCGCGCCCGAGGCCGGCGGCUGCCCCUUCAACGCGUGCCCGCUGCCGGACCUCUGCGGCGAGGCGUUCACGUGCGACGCGGCCGCGGUCUCGGGCUUCUCGUGCGAGACGCUCGAGGCGGAGGGCUUCGACUGCGCGGGCUGCGCCUGCCCGCUCGACGGCGUCGACCCGGCGGACCGCGCCGCGCCGGACCCGGGCCGCGGCGGCGGCGGGGCGCGCGGCGGCCGCGACCGCGACCGCGGCCCCGAGGCGCGGUCCGCGUCGGCGUCGGGCGGCAAGACGCUCGUCUUCUUCGGGCGGCCGCUCGCCUGGGCCGACGCGCGCGCCGCGUGCCGGGGCGACGGCGGCGACCUCGCGGGGCUCCGCGACGCGGACGACCAGGCGGCGCUCGAGCGCGUCGCGCCGGCGGCGCCGGUCUGGGUCGGCGGCGCCGGCGCGGGCGACGCGUGGCGCUGGAGCGCGGGCGGAGCCGUCGAUGGCUUCGAGCGCUGGGCCACCGCGGAUCGCGCGGCGGCGACGCCCGGGUGCGGCGCGUGGGCCGGCGCCGACGCCGACGAGCCCGACGAGGGCGCGGCGGCCUGCAUGGCGGUCCACGGCGGCUGCGGCCUCUGGUUCGACCACCCCUGCGACGGGAAGAAGGCCUACGUCUGCGAGUACGCCGACGACGCCGGCGGCGGCGAAAAAGGGCCCGAGGCGGCCGCGGGCGGCGGAAUGAUGGCCGUUGUCGUCGCCGUUGUGAUUGUGCUCGCGCUCCUCGGCGGCGGCGCCGCCGCCUACGCGGCCAAGCGGCGGCGGGGCCACGCGGCGCGCGGCUACGGCGAUGUCGCGCGCGGCUACGAGCCCGACAGCGACCUGCCGAGCUACGGCGACUACGUCCUCAACCCGAUCUCCCUCAAGCAGCAAACGAUGACGAUGCGACUGCUCGUCGCGGCGCUCCCCCUGGCGGACGCGGCGACGAUGACGUGGACCGCCGGGGCCGUGGGCUACUUCGACGUGGCGAACAACUGGGACGGCGGCGAGGUGCCCGGCUCGUCGGACACGAUGGUCCUCGCCGACGGCACGGUCUACCUCGCCGGCGACGCGACGAUCAACAACCUCAAGAUGAGCGGCGGCGAGCUCGUCGUCGGGUCGAGCGAGUGCCCCGACGGCUGGAGCACGACGCUGACCUUCGACGGCUGCGUCCGCGCGUACGCGACGCCGAAGACGUGGCUCGAGGCCGAGGAGGUCUGCCACGCCGCCGGCGGCACGAGCAACGGCGGCUACCGGGGCCACCUCGCCCUCAUCGGCGACGACGAGACGAACCAGCUCGCGUCGCUGCUCUGCGCGGCCGCGACGAACGCGACGUCCCUCCGCCUCGAGAACAGCGACGCGGAGUCCCGCGGCGAGGAGUUCGCGCCCGGCGCCGAGCCCUGCUGGAUCGGCAUCACGGACUCUUACGCCAACGCGUCGGGCGCGGCGCCGCCGCGGGAGCAGGUGAGCCGGCCCGACGCGGGCGGCGCGGCCGCGGACGACGGCGCGUGGGCCUGGGCCGACGAGGCCGCGGUGCUCUACGACCCCCUCUACCGGUCCUGGGCGCGGCGCGAGCCCCUGUUCCGCGGCGGCGCGAACUGCGGCGCGUUGUUGCAUCGGGGCUACGACCCCUACAGCCCGCCGCGGCCGCGGUGGCGCACGCACCUCUGCUCGGAGAGGCUCCCCUUCGUGUGCACGCGGCGCGGCGCGACGACGUCCUACGAUUUGACGGUGGCGAACACGUUCACGUUCACGGGCGGCGCCGUGUCCGGCGGCGGCGUCGUCACGCCGAAGAAGAUGUCCUUCACCGCGGGGAUGACACCGGAGCUCGUCAACGCGGGCCUCGUCGUCGCGCAGUCCAUCUCCAUGGGCUCCGACGCGCGGCUCUACGGGUCUUUGGGCGCCUGGAUCGAGGUCACGUCCGCCGGCUCCUGGGGCGUCUCCGGGGACGCGCUCCUCGGCGGCUACGGCGCGCGCGUGCUCUCCGAGGGCGCGAUGCGCAUCACGUCGAACGGCGUCUCCGAGUGGGCGAUCCACGCAUCGGGCACGCUCCGCUGCAACGGCUACGGCAACGCCAACGGCGGCGGCGACCUGAGCCGGGCCACGAUCGUCCUCGCGUCGUCGAGCAGCCGCUUCGUCGCCAACGGCCGGUCGCUGGCCUUCCGGACGCCGCCCGUCGAUUUGGUCGACGUGUCCGCGGACGCGCCCGUCGCGCGGGAAGACGUGCUCUACGCCAAGGAGCUCACGGACGAGCCGGGCGAGGCCGUCUUCGGGACGUACGCCUUCGGCCAGGGCGCCCUCGAGUCGGCCUUUGGCGCGCUGGACGACGCGAUGCCGCUGACGGUGUCCGCGUACAAGAUCGACGGCUUUUCGGACCACAAGAACGGCGACGGCGAGCUUUUAGCGCCGGCCCGCGGCUCCUACCGCCUCGCCGCGGGCGCCGACGAGUCCGUCUGCAUCCCCUGGCACGCGUCGGCGCGCGAGUUCCAGGACGCGGUCAACGGCCUGCCGGACGUCGCGGCCGUCGGCGGCGCGACGGUGACGCGGCACGGCGACGGCGGCCGGCGCUGGAACUUCGGGUUCCGCUACGAGGUCGCCUACGACCGCGCGGGCACGGCCACCGUGGGCACGCUCUCCCUAUCCUGCGCCGGGUCGGCGAACGGCUGCGGCUGCUUCGACGCCGUGAGCCGCCAGUACGCGAAGCCGACGGGCUGGUGCAAGCACGGGAUCGCCGAAUACGCCAAGGCGGAGACGGGGCGCCUGUGCCUGACGGACGUCGCCGUCACCGUCGACCGCGUCGUCGUCGGCGGCGAGACGACGUUCAGCGACUUUGGGACGGCGUCCGUGGAGCUCGCGGAGGGGUUCCACGCCUUACCGGCGACGCUCGUGCCGCCGCUCCGCGUGACGGGCGCGCGCGCGCGCGGCGUCACGGCGUCCGCGGCGACGGCGUACCAGAAGCUCUACAUGGAGGCCGGGUCCCUAACCUUCGCGGGGCCGGGCUACGCGGGCGACGACGCCGCGGCGCUGCUCUUCGGCGCGCCGGACAAGUUCUUCCGCGGGGCUUUGGGGCUCGCGCGCUGGUCCGAGAACCGCGACCGCGACUUCGCCGCGACGGUGGCGCUCAAGUCGGAGAUCAACGGCGGCGACGUCCGCAUCGCGAACCCGCGGCUCGCGGACCAGGCCGCGGCCGGCGGCGGGUCCUCCGCGAGCCUGAGCUUUCAGGGCGUGGUGACGUGGACGGGCAACGGCGGCUUCCGGGGCAACGGGAAGGUCGCGCUCCAGUCGACGACGACGAUCACGACCUGCGUCAGCCGGAGCGGCGACGGCGACGAGUGCCCGCGCGGGAGCCGGGGCGACGGCGCGCCGGACCGGUUCCAGCCCGCGCACCUCCGGGACGCCGUCGUCGUCGAGAUCGACGACGGGUCCUGGUCCCAGGGCGAUCUGCUCAUGGGCGAGGGCGCCACGCUCACGGUCGCCCAGGGCCUGGCCGUCGACGACGACGCCAGCGACCGGAGCCCGCGGAUCUUCGCGACGGCGCGCGACGCGACGCCGGGCCGCGAGGACGACGCGCGGAACGGCUGGUACUCGAACCCGACCUGCGGCGACCUCUGCCAGGCGUCGCCGACGCUGCGCGUCGACGCCGCGGGCGAGGUCGACGUCGCCGCGUCCGCGGCGAUCUUCGAGGCGACGCUCUUCAACCGCGGCGAGUUCAAGGUCGCGUCGUCCGGCGCGGCGACGCUCGGCGACGGCGGCGGCGGCGACGGCGAUUUCGUGGUCGCCGGCACCCUGACGCAGCGCGGCGGCGUGCUGGAUCUCGAAAGAGGAGCGCUGAGCGGGUCCGGGUCCGUCGGCGUGUCGGGGGGUCGCGUGCUGCUGCCGGGGACCGUCGCGCCGAGCGUUUCGGUCUCCGGAGGCGAGGCGGCGAUCCGCGGGCGCCGCGCGGACCUGAGCUCCGUGGCCAUCUCCAACGGCACCUUCAAGGUGCUCGCCGACGCCGCGAACGUGACGCUGUCCUCAGAUCUCAUCAUCUCCGGCGGCGCGCUGCGCUUCCCGGAGCGCGACUCGUACGCGGCGACGCACCGGAACAACCUGCACAGCGGCACGCGGAAUUUGGACCGGGGCGCGAUGGUCGUCCACGGCCACCUGAACUGGACCGACGGCGCCAUCUCGGGCAACGGCGACGUGAACUUGAUGGCGUCGUCGUCCGUGCGGAGCGGCUUCAUCGAGCGCUUCGCGCGCGUCGUCAACCACGCGGCCAUGUUCCUCGAGGACGGCGCCGUCGUCGCGGAGACCGAGGGCUACAUGGAGAACCGGGGCACCGUGGAGAUGCGCGAGCCCCGGUCGACCUACGCGGGCAUGUUCGGCCGGCGGCCGAACCCGCGGGAGGCCCAGCCCGUGCUCCAGUACGACUGGGAGGACAACAUGUACUUCUACAACGGGAAGCGCGUCAUGGUCGUCGGCGACGACUCCAUCCGCGACGCGAGCCUCGGCGUGAGCGGCAACUACGAUUAA